AUGUUUGCUCCAGAUGUAACCGCCCACACAACCUCUUCGCUCCGAAAUCCUCGAAGGCGUCAGAGAACGAGUUCAGAUGACUCUGUGAAGUUUCCUAAAGCUAAGCGACAAAGAUCGGCUUUGCGACAGGAUACGUUUGAUCCUCCUGAUGUGGCUACGUUGGGAGAUGGCGAACAUGUUUCUGAAUCAAGUCAACAAUCAGCUUCAGUUGAAGAAUCCGGUAUCACUUCAAGUGAGGAUGUAUUCCAAAGACAACUUACCCUCAGAGGGCCCAAGAAAACAGAGAAAUCUGGUGACAAUGUCGAUGGGACUGUAAUUCUGGUAGCGAUCAGUCUUCUUAUUACCCUAAGUCUCAAGCAAAUCUUUACUAAGAUUGGCUGUCCAGGUCCAUUCAGAAGCUCCUUUGCUACUGACCAAGGUUACGCGCUCGUUCUGACCGGAUUACAUGCAAUCAUCUGGCCCUAUGCGACACUAUCCUCCUCAUCUGCCACCGAUAUUCUCUCGAUCACAAUUCCCGAAUGCUGCAGGAGCACAACUGAAAUGCCCUUAUUGGGGACCCUUGUAUCGAAUACAACAACGUCUGGGGCUCCUGGCUUGAUGGUCGUGGCUCCUCAUACCGGAAAAAUAAUCUAUUGGGAAACAGCAUCAAAUGCUGCCGUUCUAGGCAUGACAAGACAGAGACAGAAUGGCCUGCAAGGUACAAUUCCAGGCCUUCUUUCUGGAGAACAUGCCACCGAUAUUAUCAAUGCGGAACCUUCUGGUAUCAUGGUGACCUUAUCGUCUGGAAGGGUAGCCCAUGUCACAGUAAGAGAUCCUCAAGGAAAGCCGACAGUGUCGGUCAGUUUUCUUCGAAGUGCUCCUAGGCUAGGACAUGCUGGAUUACUUGAUGGCAUUAAAAGUGUCCUAGGUAGCUAUUCUUGGAGAAAAAAUGUGGCUGCUGUUAGAGCCGGGGAAUCUUCACAACGAGGACAACGUGACAUAAUCAUCGCAUCUACCGCGGGACUUUUCGAGAUUUGGGACACUCACUGGAAUAAUGUGAAUGUGCUCCGCACCCAAAUAGAUCUGCGCCGUGACAUCUGCGAGGCCCUUAGACAGGAUCAUUCUGGUGAUAGCUGUGAGCACGAUCUGAGAAUCUUGGAUUUUAACGUCGUCUCUGGAGAACAGAGCAUCCUAUCACAGUCAGGACAAGCUGGAUGCCAAGAGACAUUCCUCUUUUGCCUGGUACUGUUAACGCAAGAAACCGGUCAGAGAAGAAUUGCCGUGGUUAGGUCUACCUUGUCUGGCAGCAAAAUACAUAUCGUUUCGACUCACGAAGUGGAAAACCCGAACUUUUCCCAAGAUAUCACGGCAAAGAAGCCAAGACUACACGUUCCAAAACCGUGGGAUACGGCUUUUAUUGUCUUGGGUCAAACUAUUAUCCUCAUAUCAUUAACCAAGGCUACGGAAUCUCCAUCAGCACAAUUGCUGGAUUCAAAUCUGUUUUCGAGGCCUUUUCAGGACCGUCUGCAAUUCCGAAACGAGGAGAAAUACGAGAUACUAGGGAGUGGCAGUGAAGAUCAAACCCUCGAACAUAAGCACCCAGCUUGCUUGGUCAUGGUGCGAGGUUUUGGCCUAAUCCGCAUUGCCGUCUUGCCUCGACAAAACCUGGACAAUGACUUAGAACUUUCUCGGGUGACCGCUAAACAGAAGCUUGAACAAGCCAUUUUCUAUGGCACGAUGUCGGAUAACCCUCUGGACUUCGAUAGUGAAAGUGGCAUCACGUUUCCUCCUGAAGAGUUGGAAGAGGCUGCGCUGAAUAUUUGCAAAGAACUACUUCAGUCGAAUUCGAGAUUCAUUUCAAGUACAGCUUUGUCACUUGACCAACAUUUACGACUGCGGGCGAAGGCUGUAAAUGAUCUAGCAUGUCAAUUGAUUCGGCGCAGAAUACCUCUUUCACGACGCGCUCGUUGGGAAUUACUGUGGAGUGCUGAAAAACUUGCUGCCCACAGGGCUAUGUGGAAGGUGGAGGAAGAGUUAAGAAGGAAAAAAGAAGGGUCGCCGACGUUUUUAUCGCGCGUGCUCAGUUUAAUGAAUGACAAAUUCAAGACCAAAUUUCAGCGAGUCAAUGAGGGGGAGAAUGAUCAUGUUCGACACUGGUUCAUCAAUGACACAUAUCGAAUGGAGCAUGUCAUCCCUUGGAUCUUCAACGCCAUCCGUGACUCGAAGGGAGGCACUACUCGACUUGGCGCCCAGUUCUCGGAACAGAUUUUUCAGGCUAGUGAGCUGUCUCUUGCCAUCCUAGAAACAGCCUUUCGAUUCAGAGAAGACAACGCAGUACUCUAUGGACUUGGCGAAGAAUUAUUGGAAGACGGUGUUUUGCUCUCAUCCUACGAGGGCCUUCCCGAAUUCUGGACCUCCCAAAAUAUGGUUUAUGCUGAAACUGAACAUUUAUUGGACCUGGAGCUCGAUAGUUGCAGGUCUUGGAUGCAGCAGACGGUGUCCAGACUUGAAAAUCCAGAUCCGCUAAUUCUUGACCAGAUCGCCCGGAACAGCUUUCGUCGACUCCGAGUUUUUGGGAAGAUGCACAGGGAACGUGUUCAAUGGUUGUCGGCCCAAGAUGAACCAAAACUAUUGGACGAAAGGCUUUCCAUUGAGGAAUCACAUAAAAACCAGAGAAAAUGGCAACUUUUUAAAAUGGCUGGGAUUGGUCAGCUUCAGGGAGCAAUUUCUUUGGCUGAACAAUUUCGAGACAUGGACGCGUUGGUUGAACUUAUGGUUGAACUGCAAGAUCAAAUAAAGGACCAGAAGGUUAUGCGUAAUGCGUCGCCUGGAAGUCCUACAGUUGUUAUUGACGACAUGAACGCGUUUGGACAAAGGAUAUCGGGUUACUUUGACAAGUUCGGUGAAUCUUGGGCAGAUGCAUUUUUCUCACGGCAAAUAAUCGUCGGGCAGCCCGGAAUGCUGUUGUCGAUGAGGGAGUAUCAACCUCACCUCACUCGAUUUCUAAGAAAGUUUCCAUCCUAUGCACGGUUAGCCUGGAUCAAUGAGGUCAUCGGAGAAGAUGACUACCAAGCCGCAUCGCAAGCUCUGCAACGCCUCGCCCUAGACCAAGAAACCAAUUUGUGGGAUAAGCGUGUUGAGAUUUCCCUCGCAAAGCUUACGAGAUUGGCGGCUUGGGAAAAGAAUGGCCGUCCUCAGGACGCAAAUGGGCAAGAUGAUAUACGCAGGCUCGACGACUUCGCUGAAAUAGGCGCCAUUCAGGAAUUAGUGUAUGAACAUAUCUUGCCUGCCUUGCAUGGUGCUAUUGAUCAAAAGGCCGGGCUUGAGUUGGCAAUGGAUCAUUUUGGAAAGCAAAUUGUUAGCAACCGCCCAGCCCUACGUGAACUUCUUGAGGAUGCUCUGGCAAGAUUGAUUGACAGAAAAGCACUGGGGAUCGACCAACUUAUCGACUUGCUUACCUUGAUGGACCCAGUGCAUUUCUUGGAGGGGGAAGAAAGUGGCCUUCUCGGACGCGAAUUUCACUUGGCUCUACGUAUUCUUCGUCUCAGCGGCUAUGCUGAUACAGACCCAACUUAUCAUGAUGUGUUGCAGAAAAUGAUCUGGAGGAGAUGCAUGAUUCGAGAUAAUUGGGAAACAAUUGGAAAAACUGAGCUGAGGCUAGAUGCUGAACUGGAGUCAUGCGUACGUGAUACUGCGCUGUUUCGAACUCUAACGGAAUGUACUGCAGAAGGUAAUAAUCCUCGAGUGUGCAAGUCCAAAAUUUAUGGUACUGAUGAUGAUUUCACAGAAUUCCUCGAAGGGGAGAUCGAGAAGCCCCUAUACACCCGGCAUAGACCUUCGCAGAUUCUCGGCUGUUGUUUUGACAAUGUUUUGCAAGCACGGUUCCGUCCAGAGCAAUGGCCACAUGUGCUCCGUGAUCUCAGUCUAGAGGAUGAAAUCUUACGGCGUUAUGUGGAAAAGGGGAAACUUGAGGUUUGGUUCAAUGAUCUUCUUACUUUUGCUUCCAGUAAUACUCCUGAAGAUGGAAAUAUUGUUUUAAAUAUCUGGGGGCCAAUUGGCUAA